UCACCAAAAAACGGCAGUGAAGUAUUUUUCUCACGAGAUAUUUAUGAAAAAUAUUCAUUGGGUCCCAGUCUUUCUGAACUGUGGCAUUUAUCAAACAGAGAGGCAAAGAAAAAUGUGGAGGCACUGGCAAACUCUUCAGAAAGCAAACAGGCUUCUAGCACACAGGCUGCAGAUCCACUUGAGGCAGUGGCAAAAAGCCCAGCUGAUGAGCAUCCUUUUCCAGAACCCAGACUCCCCUAUCCAUUUACCUCUUGUUUGACUGAGAAGGAGCAGAGAACAUAUUUGUAUCUGAUGGCUAAGUACUCAAAAAAAACCCACCAUUUUCAAGUUAAUGCAACAAGUCAAAGAGAAUUAGGCAUGUAUCUGCAGAUGAAAGAAGCAGUAAACAAUGAAAUUGCAGAAUUUAUGAAAUUUGCUCAAAACGCUGCAAAAAGCUGCGCUCAGGAUUAUGAUGUCAUCUCUGAAGAUGCACUACUUUAUACAGAGGAAUUAUUUCGUGCUUGUAUUGGACAUGUGCAAAAGUAUCCUGAGUUUUACACACUUCAGGAGAUCAUGAGUAUCAUGGGAGGAAAGUUUCAUACACAGUUGACCUUUAAGCUGGAAAAAAAUCUUCUUGCAAUGGGUACAGCAAGACAUGGUAAAAUAGAUUUCUCCACCAUGCCUGUACAACUGCCCACAGAUUAUAAAACUGUUACAUCUAUUAUAACUCCGGAAAAAAAAGCUUCCGUUAUGCACAGUGAUAUUAGUUCAGAUUCAAAUGCAGAAAAACUUGCACUGAAAUACUGUCCUCAAGUUGUUUUAAGUAAUUACUCAUUAUUUACAUUACUGAAUAAUCAUGGAUUAAACUACAAGGAACAGUGGGAAAUUCCAGUUUGUAUUAAAAUGAUCCCUGUUGAAGGUGGCAAGCUAGCUAAAGUGGUUUAUGUUGAUUCACCCCUGCUGAGAAAAGAAAUGACAGUAAGAGAAAGGAACCAGCUAUUCCAUGAAAUUCCAAUGGACUUCCUAGCAACUAAAACAUCUUAUGUUUCCGUGUCUGAAGUACCAAUGGACAAACCAGCUGAAGACAACCUAUUUCAGUGGGAUAUGUCUUCUGAUACCUACCAGCACCGAAAGAUUCCUCUCCCAGAUGACACAGGGAUGGACUUUGAUGAUGAUGUUACAGAACUGGAAACUUUUGGAGCAACUGCCAAGCUCUCAAGGACUUCUAAAGCAGAAAGUACUUUUCCUGCAGUUAGUAAUACUGCUAAAGUUGUAUCACAUGGCGUAAAAAUGGGGAAAAAAAAUACAUCCACCAUUAACAGUACAAAUGAAGAAGAGAAAAAAUCCAUUUUUGAGCAAGGGGAUUUAGCAUGUGCCAGUAUGCAGCUUCCAUCAUUAGAUCACCUUCUCUGUGUCAGCUCUGAAGAACAUUUGUCUCAUAAAAACUUUAAUUCAGAAGAGGCAGGAGUGAAAAAAGCACAUGUCAUAACCAAAGAACUAUCAGACAAUGAGACAAAAUUAAAUAUUUUGUCUAAUGCUGUUAGUGACAAUAAAGAGUCUGACGCUGCACAAAAAAAUGAGAUUUAUGCUUCAUUAUGCAGUAGUGACACAGAUGAAGAACGUUUGAUAAUUGAUACAGAAUGUGAAAAACGUGAUAUUUGCAAACCAGCUGUACCAAAUAUACCUCAUACCUCAGCAGAGACUACCAAAUCACCUUCCCCCACCCAGAUUCCACUAGCAAGCGUUACUGAUUGCUCAUCUACCAUGGAUCAGGAAAAAAAUGCCUCUAGAAAGCCUACAAGAAAGUUAUCCAAAGAAUUUGAUCCUGUUGGACAGAUUUUGAAAAUGCAAACUGAACUUCUCAAGUCACCUUCCCAAAAAUCACAUGAGCAGCCAGCAGUGAGCUGUGAUAAUUCCAGUGUUGCACCAGCCCAGGUGCCUCAGUCUCCAAAACAGUUUCUCACUCCCAGCACAGAAAUUGUGCCAGGCCCUGCCCCAAACACCAGCGUCUCAUCUAGAAACACCUGGACUUGGCUUUUUCAGGGAGUGCCAAAGAAGAAGCUGCCCAGUGAACUUCAGAUGCUUGAAGAAGACCCUUCAGAUUAUGAAGCACCUCAGGAUAGCAACCUCGUGUAUAAGCUAUUCAGUCUGAAUGAUCUGUUGUUACUUGUGCGUUGCAGUGUGCAAAAAGUGAAGUCAUGGCCACCAUACCUUAAAAAGAAAAAAGCUAAGAAGGUUACUCCAAUAUUCCUGUUGCCAAAACUAGAAUACCAAGCCUAUUAUGGUGUCGAAGCUCUUACAGAAAGUGAAGUGUGUCAAUUGUGGACAGAAAGUAUGUUGCAUUCUGGAUGCAUAUUUUAUAUUGGACGUAUUGAUGCUUUUACAUCAAACCUUAUUAUGCUAGAAAAGAUUUCUCCAGAAGCUUUAAAAGAAAAACUUGGGUUGAUUAAGCCUGCAAAUUCAUUGAAUAUACUUCAUCACAUUUUGAAGAAAGUGUCUGAUUUGCAGGAGGGCUCUUACUUGUUGACUCAUGCUGCAGGAGACUCUUCAGUUGCAAUCUACAAAAGUUCUCUUGACAAGACGAGAACAUCAUAUAACUUACAUAAGGCUCAUUGUGAUCUACCCACUGUACCUGCCACUCUUUCAGUCCCGUGGGUUCCAUUAGAUCCCAGCCUCCCUUUACCCUAUCACAUGAUUCAUGGAAGAGUUCCAUGCAUGUUUCCACCUGCACCCCAGGAAGCCAUGUGGAAACAGAAGAUGUCUGGGGUGAAAGGGCAGUCGGACACACCCUGUGAGGGAAAGCCUGUAGGUACAGAAACAAAAGGCAAGACAGCUAAGCCUUUUAGAAACCAAGGUGUGGCUGCAAAGAAGCUGAAGAAGAAUUACUGCAAACAAAGAAUGAUGAAGAAAAAGUGGAAAAUGAAGUACAACAAAAUACAAUUGAAGUAG